AGGCCGUGGCGAGGCUUCCCAGAAUAGCCGUGUCAGAGCCCCUCCCGAAAUCCUGGCAAGCCCCCAAAUCCUAGGGGAGAGUCCCCAAUAUCAGGGCCUUCCAAGUCUUGUUAAAGGUCUUAAAAUCCUGACCAAACUUCCUCAGAAAUACUGAAGCGAACCCUCCAGGAAAUCUCGUAGAUGACCCCUGAAAUCCUGUCAGAAUCGUCUAGAAAUACUGUCAAACUUCAAAUACUGUCAAACUUCUCCCUCAGAAUGUCAGAGCCUCUAACUGCUCCCAGGACUCAGGGGAGGCUCCCCAGAGGAACUGGAAGCCUGGGCCUGGGAGAACCAGGAAAGAUGCUGAGUCCCCCUGGGCCGUGAGGGACCUGGAGGUGGGCCAGGGUAGAGAAAAAUGACAAGAAGCCAGGAGUUGCAGGAAUCACUCUGUGCCACACCAGCCCCAAAAGGCUAGGUAGUUAGUCCUGAGGUUACUAGGGAACCAUGAGAGGGCUGAAAACAGGAGAGAGAUGGGGUUCAAACUCAAGCAGGAGGCCAACAGUUCCAAAUACAGGCCGAUGGGCGAGAAUGAGCUUGGGGAGCAGCCAGUCCCUUUUUGGUCCCUUCCAGUGACAGAGGGGAGCUGUUAGCUUCUCCACCAGCUGCAGAGCAGCCAGGGUGGCCCAUGGACAUGCCAGAGGACCAGGCAGGUGGCCCCACUGCAAAAAUGUACCUCUGGGACCAGGCAGAGGACAGAAGCCUGGGGACACUGCUCAGCUUAGAGGAGCAAAUACUCAACUCCACGUUCGAAGCUUGUGACCCCCAGAGAACAGGCACUGUGGCUGUGACCCAUCUACUAGCCUACCUGGAGGCCAUGACUGGACGGGGUCCCCAGGAUGCUCGCCUCCAAACACUGGCCUGCAGCCUGGACCCCAGUGGGGAGGGCCCUCAGGCCACCGUGGACUUGGACACCUUCCUGGUGGUCAUGCGGGACUGGAUCACUGCCUGUCAGCUGGAUGGGGGAUUAGAGCUGGAAGAGGAGACGGCCUUCGAGGGAGCCCUGACCUCCCAGCAACUGCCAUCUGGAUGCCCAGAAGUUGAGGAUCCGGCCAAUCUGGAGAGCUUCGGAGGCGAAGACCCCAGACCUGAGUUGCCUGCCACUGCCGACCUGCUGAGCAGCCUGGAGGACUUGGAGCUCAGCAACCGCCGGCUGGCUGGGGAGAAUGCCAAACUGCAACAUAGCGUGGAGACAGCCGAGGAGGGGUCUGCACGCCUCGGGGAGGAGAUAUCAGCCCUGCGCAAGCAGCUCCGCAGUACCCAGCAGGCUCUGCAGUUGGCCAGGGGCAUGGAUGAGGAGCUGGAGGAUCUGAAGACUCUGGCCAAGAGCCUGGAGGAACAGAACCGCAGCCUUCUGGCCCAGGCCCGGCACACGGAAAAGGAGCAGCAGCGUUUGGUGGCCAAGAUGGAGACUCUGCAGGAAGAGAAUGGGAAGCUCCUGGCCGAGCGGGAUGGAGUGAAGAGGAGGAGUGAGGAGCUGGCCUCAGAGAAGGACAUCUUGAAGCGGCAGCUCUAUGAAUGUGAACACCUCAUUUGCCAGCGAGACGCCAUCCUCUCCGAGCGCACUCGCCACGCGGAGAGCCUGACCAAGACCUUGGAGGAGUACAGAGCCACAACCCAGGAACUGAGGCUGGAAAUCUCCCACCUGGAGGAGCAGCUGAGUCAGACCCAGGAGGGGCUGGAUGAGCUAUCCGAAGGGGCCGAGGUGAGGAGAGCGGACUGCACCAACCUGCUGCCGCCGUCACUGGGUGUGGAGCUCCAGGCCAUUCAGCAGAAACAAGAGGAGAGAGCCGUCGAUCUCUCCAGCCCGCUGUGUGGAGUGUGGCCGUGGGAGGAGGUGGUCAGCGAGAUGGAUGGGGAGGAGGGGCUUCCUCCUGAAACCCCCCCUGGGUGGCAGAGAAACUUGCAGGAAGAGUCAGCGCACCCUCAGGAAGGAAGGGAGGAGCCAUCGACGAGGUUGCCCAGAAGAGAGGAAGAGGACGGAGCAGAGAUCCAGGUCAUGGUGGACCUCCCCAUCCAUCCAGAACACUCACACCCUGGAGACAUCCUCGGAAACCCUCCUGAGAGCAGCCCCUCAGAACCAGAGCUGCAGCAAGCCCUGGUGCCCGUGGUGAAGGAGCUGGUCCCAGUCAGGAGGCCGGUCUGGGACCAGCUCUGCCUGUGCCCCCUGCACCUCCGGCGGCUCAGGUGCACCCCACAGCAUCUCCAGAAGGAGGGUGGUGGUCAGACAUCUGGGACACCACGGGCCCCCCUGGGUGCCGCCAAGCACUGUGCUGCCUCCCCGCAGGGUCACCCGGCACCUCCUGAUUCCAGCGCCACUCCUGGGCCUGCUGCUGCUCUUGCUGUUCUCCGUCCUGCUGCUGGGCCAGUCCCCGCCCCCCACGUGGCCCCACCUCCAGCUCUGCUACCUCCAGCCUCCUCCAGUGUGAGCCAUGCCCCCGACCCCUGCAGAGCAAUGUCUAGUUUGGUGAUUUCCUGGGGCUCUUUCUGCUGUUAUUCCCGUGGUCGUGCUACUGUGACUUGGGAUUUUCCCACUGUCAGGGACCCCAGAUACAGUGCUCCAGGAGCCACACCUCUGUAUUGGGUUUUUAUGUGAAGUCUCUUGGUUUUUUAAUGAUAGCAAAACACUAGGGGUUAUAGUUUCCUCACAAACCAAGUCUGAAGAAGGGCAGCUGUCAGCCCACAGCUCAGUCUCCACAGCACUGGGGCAGAGGGCUGUAAUUCUCUCUACCUCUCUUGGCCCUUCCCUUGUGCUCAGGAGAUGACACUGUAGCUUCAUAAGUGAUGUCUGCAGGGAGAAGGGGACACACAUCCCUUCCUUUUUAUAAAGGAAAGCUAUAGCCUUCCCAGAGCCAGCAGCAGACUCUGCCUUGUUGGCCAGAACUGUUCAGCAUGACCACUCCUCACUGUAAGGGCAGCUGGGAGACUCCUGGCAGAAAGAGGGAGAACGAGAUGUGGGCCACCACGCACACACCCACACAGAUGUCACCAACAGCAGGAAAGGAUGUGCCAUUUGUUCAUUCAGCUCAUUCUUAGUGAUCAUCUAUUUGCCAUGGCUAGAUCUAUAAGACAGAAAAGCGGACCCUCCAAUGCCAGGCUGAAGAGUGUUGAUUUUUCUCCUGAGGAUGACAGGGGUUUGGGGAUGUUUUGUUACUUGUUUUUGGUUAUUUACUUUGUAAUUAAGCUGUAACUGACAUACAGUGAUAAAUGGACAAAUCCAAAAUAUCAGCUGGAUAAAUUAUUGUACAUGUAAACACCCAUGAAAGCAAAACCCAGGUCAGGAUAUAAAGCAGUUUCAGCACUGCAGAGACUUCUUCAAGAGAGCUUUGAGCAAGGGAGGGACCGUGGUAGAGGUGGCUCAGGCUCUGUGAGAGCUCAGAAAAAGCACCUAUCCCCACCUGGAAAGUUAGAGAUUUCUUUCCAAAUAUGGGACAGAUUUUGCAUUUAGUCUUGAAAGAUGGAUAAGGUUGGUUAUAGUGAGCAGAGGCAGCGAAGCAUAUCCCAGGCAGAGGGGAAAAAUGAAUGUGUAACGACCAGGUGGAUGGAAAACUUGUCUGUAUGCAGAAAGCCAUAGACAGCACUAUGUUGCUUGAAUUAAAAAAAAAAAAAAAAAAAGAAGCCAGAGAUGAAUUUGAUGCUUUAGAGUUGCGAGAAGUAAGAUGGGUAGACAAGAGUCCAUUAAGCAUUUUGAACACCAGCUUGAGCUGUACUGCCAAGUGUCCGAGAAAGGGCUCUGAUCAGAGAAGAGGCAGAAUCAACUCUAGGUGGGAAAGAGACCGCCUGAGCCUGUACAGGGGAUGGAUAAUGGAGUGAAGCUGGAGGCAGGAAGCGGGGAAGAGAGAGGAGGGCAUGAGGCCUGAGCUGGGGUGGGUGAGUGGAUGGAAAGAAGCGCAGGGCAGAGAGCGGUAGAGCGGGAAGGACAGCGCCAGGCCUUGAAGGGGGAAAGCAAGGGCCGGCAUGUGACCCAGUGACUGGUGGACAGUGGAGCCAUUCCCAACGUGGGGACCCCAUGAGAAGGAGUGGGUUUCGGGGGACACUGAGCUCAUGUGGGGUGGAGUGUUCCAAGAAGGCUGGAGCCCUGAACCUUGAGCUCUUAGUCUGGAAAUGGAGUCUGGGUAUUACUAUCUAUGAUGGUGAUUGAAGUGUGGAGAUUGCUGAAAUUUCCUGAGGAGAGGGGAGUAGUGUGAGAAGGGAAGGGGUUCCAGGCACCAUUCUCUGAAAAGCCUCAAAUGCUAGGAAAGAGAUCUGGGGAGGAGAAAGUACAGGAAGAGCAUAGGCCAGGAUCCAACAAGACACAAUUACCAGGCCCUUCAGCAAACAGAAGAUAAGCCUCCUCAUGACAUUUUAAUUCUGUUUCUCCGUGAAAGUAGAGGAAUGAUCAGACUUCUGAAGUUGCACAUAUUUGGGUUCCAGUUCUGUCCUUUCCUAGCGCUGACAACCUGGGGAAAUGACCUCAGACUGCCAGAGUCUUGUUUGUAAACUUUGGCCAACUCCUUGUUUUUGUGACAUGUGCAUGCUCAGUCAUGUCUGACUCUUUGCGACCCCAUCAACUGUAGUAUGCCCGGCUCAUCUGUCCAUGGAAUUUUCCAGGUGAGAAUGCUGGAGUGGGUUGUCAUUUCCUACUCCAGGGGAUCUUCCCGACCCAGGGGUCGACUCUGCGUCUCCCAGGUCUCCUGCGUUUACUGCAUCGGCAGGCGGAUUCUUUACCACUGAGCCACCAGGAAUACAGUUAUUCAUUGCUUAGACUUUCUGAGUAACAGGGAAAUAGGCCCCACCCCACAGCCUAACGGCCAAUUAGGGCGCGAUCCGCCUCUCGGAAUGCAAAUUAUCGGGGAACUUGCCAAUCACAACGCACCAGCCCCGCCCCCUUUCCCCACGAUGACGUGCUCAGCUCCUCUCUUCUGAAGCCCAAUCAGAGCGCGGUCCGCGCGAAUUGCCCCGGGAGCACGACUCAGAACCCUCAGCGUCCGGUUAGGGGAGUGGGUUGCCAUGGUCACCACUGAGGGGCAAGACUGAAGGGCCAGCGGAGCCUCCAGAGACAGACAAAAAAAGCGAGGGGCAGAUUCUGAUUAGUUGCUUCCUCGCUUCCUUCACGGGUGGGCCAGGUGUUUACCCGUCUCCAUUCCAUGCCUCCUGGAGCCUGUUGCCUGCCUCCUUUCUCCUCUCCUCCCGUCCCGACUGGCACCCGGAUCUGGGAAUCGCGCAGUUGGAACAACACCCUGCAGAAACGGCUGCAGGCUGCUGCAAGAGAGGCCUUUUCUAUUUUUUUUUUUUUUGAGGGUGGGUGGGGUUGCGCUCCGUUUGACUUGUGGGAUGUGUGUUCCCGACCAGGGACUGAACCCACCCCAGCAGUGAAAGCGUCGAGUCCUAACACUGUAUCACCAGGGAAUCCCCAGAAACCCUUUUCUGAUAAUACAUUUUGCUUCCAGAAGGGCACUAUACUUAAGUCUUCUAAUUGUGUAUCUGGUUUAAGUCUUACAAUAGAUGAGGAAAAGGGAGCUGAAAGGUUAGAAGCCCUUCCCAAUACCACACAACUAGGUUUCGGGGAGUCUGAUUUUGAAUAGCAAGUACAUCUCCAGGGCCCGCACCCCAUUCCACCGCCUCCAAUCUUUCCACUGCGCCCGAAGUAGACGUCGGGAAGUGAUGAGAGAGUAAGAAAAAAGAAAUUCAGAGAAAA